AUGGCGAAGCCAAGUGUCAACAAAAACUUGUGCAGAAAACCAGGUAUAAUUGCAUCACAAAGUUCCGACAGAGGACGUCUUUCUGCAACAAAAGCUGUUGAUAGGAAUUACAUUCAGACAUUUUUAGAGUGCUCACACACUGCGGCUAACAGAACAAUAGCGUGGAUUCAGGUUGACCUGAGGAGACCCUUCAGAGUAAACUCUGUGACAAUUUAUUACAGGAAUGAAAUUAACUGGAAACCAUACCGAUUUCGUCAGUUUUACUUGGAUGUAUCAAACACAUCAGCAGCUGUCUCCACCACAUUAACACCACAGAGGGUGCGAUGCUACAAGGACAACACUACAUACCCAGCCACGCCCCCUGCUGUGAUUGACAUUCCUUGUAGACAGACAUCACGUUAUGUCAUCCUAGAAACCACAUAUAAUGCUCUCGAAAAUCCCCCACUGGAGAAUGGGUCUAUCCUAGAAAUAUGUGAAAUAGAUAUUUUUGGAUGUCGUACUGACUGUUUCGGGGAUACCUGUUACUCAAAUGGUGUAUGUGACACGUGUGGAGGAGGGCACUGGGGACAAACCUGUCUAUACAACUGUCCCUCGAAUUGUUAUAUGGGAUCUUGCGACAAAUAUAGCGGAUUCUGUAAUCGUGGAUGUGAGCCUGGAUUCUGGGGAGUUAACUGUACCGAGAGAUGUAGCGGUCACUGUUUGAAUGAGAUUUGUGAUCAUGGAAAUGGAACCUGUAUCAGAGGAUGCAACGCAAAUUUUGCAGGAGAAAUGUGUCAAAGUUGUAUACCGGCCCGUUACGGAGAGGACUGUGAGAAGCCCUGUAGCGUUAACUGUAUUAACGGAACCUGUCAUGGAAACAAUGGAACAUGUACCUUAGGUUGUGAUGGAAAUUACAUUGACGCCAAAUGCAUGAAAUAUUUGACGGCUCCGUUUAAAGAUAAUUAUUCAAUUUUGAGUUCCACGCAAAUCAUGUACAUUGGUUCCGCUGUUAGUGCUGUUCUGCUAUGUUUAGUUGUAGUAGUACUAGUCAUUUACGUCAGAGCAAGAAGAACAAGGCAUCCUUAUUCAGCAUCUAAAGUUGUCUGUAAAAGAAACAAUUACGAUCAGGUGACUUCCAGCAUUGCUAUCAAUGUUGAGGACAGAGAGGAUCCGGAAGAAGAGCCACAGAUAGAGAAUCCAGAGGAGGCCGUGUACUAUAACGACUUAACUGUGGCCAAAGACAUAGAUGUUUCUGAUCUUCUCAAGGUUAUAACACAGAAAGGGGCCAAUGAUAACGAAGAAUUUCUAAAAGAAUUUAAGUCACUUCCUUAUGGAGAGAGAUUUAAUUGUUUAACGGCAAAACUGGAGGAAAACAUGCUUAAGAACAGAUUUAAAACGACAUUUCCUUACGACCACACCAGAGUAGUCUUAGAGGUUGGAGAUGGCUUCACGUCUGAUUACAUUAACGCAAACUAUAUUGAAAAUAUUGAUGGAAAACAUGAAUACAUUGCAUGCCAAGCUCCACGAGAAAAUACUUUGGUAGACCAUUGGAGAAUGAUUUGGCAGGAGCGUGUAGAAUAUAUCGUCAUGUUAACAAAACUGAUAGAGGGACCAAAGGUCAAAAGUUGUCAGUAUUGGCCAGAAGAAGAUGAAGAACUGGACAUUGGAUCUUUCCAUGUAAAGCUGUUAGAUCAAAAAGUAUACGCCUAUUUUGUUAUGAGAAGAAUUAAUGUUCAGAGAGAGGGAGUCAAUGGGUCAAGGACAGUUGUACAGUUUCACUACACGGAAUGGCCGGACCACGGGACGCCCGAUCCCAUAGAUCUGCUGACCUUCCUACGUCACUUCCGACAUCAAAUAGAACCAUCACCACAUCCUAUCAUUGUGCAUUGCAGUGCGGGGAUAGGUAGGACUGGUACAUUCCUAGCCCUGGACGUUUUAUCUAGAUAUGGUAAAAUAAAGGGGAGAAUCAACGUCGUGGAGUUUGUGAAGGCCAUGCGCAGAAACAGAAUGACAAUGGUACAAAAUAGUGAGCAGUACAUUUUCCUUUACCAUGCGCUCUACGAAUUCUUCAGACGACAAGGACAAUUUAUCGCAAAGGAUACUUUUCUAAAGAUGUAUGGAGAAUUGGAUAAACCAGAAACAAAGAAAGAUCUCGCAAACGAAUUCAACGCUCUCACCUGUUUACAACCAAGGUACGAAGCAAAAGAUUUCAAGACUGGGCAAAACCAUCCAAAACAAAAUAGGACGGAAUCUGUUUUACCAGUCGAGAGGUACUUGGUUCAUUUAACAUCUAGCGUAAAAGGACGAGGAACAUACUACAAUGCUGUAUUCGUGUCGUCAUUCACACAAGCCCAGGAGUUUAUUUCUGCGCAAUAUCCGGUUCCUGGCUCUGCGAUUGAUCUUGUUCGUCUGCUGGUUGAUCAUGAGUCAGCUUUCCUGGUUUGUCUAAACUCCCUGACAGUCAUAGAGGAGCUAAAAGAAUGGGCUGAAGAAGGGACAAAGAUAGUUCAGUUUGGACCAUACAAGAUAGCAAAGGUCUUACAGACAACACUGAGCAAUGCCAUACGGAAGACCAGAGCGGAAAUACAGAUCAAAAAUACAAAGGAGAAACACACGGUUCAUAUAUUUGAAUGUCUUGAUUGGAGUUUAAACGAGCUUUUUCCCGCUGGGACAUCUUCAUUAACAGAUAUGUUAAAGCAGAUUAGCUUGGAUAGAAAAUCUAUUGAUGACGGUCAUAUAACUGUUUUAUCCAAGGACGGGGCAUCCUGUUGUGGAUUGUUUAUUGCUGUUUACAACGCAGUACAACAGCUACAACUGGACGGUGAGAUAGACAUGUUUACCAUUGUACAACAACUUCAUUGUCGCCGACCGGAAAUGAUUUCUACUAAGGAAGAAUACGAGUUCUGUUUCAAGUCUGUGUGUAACUAUCUCUCCACAGAUUGUCUGCACGCAAACACUUAACAGGGUGUAUUGAAUGUAGUGAAUGCUCAAUUUAAUUUAGUUAUUAAUUUAG